CCGCGAUUCAAACACAGAACCCUCGCCUUGCCUCGCCUCGCCGGCAGGCAGCCAAUGGGCGGCCGCCCGCCGCACAGAUCGAAAGGAGGCUGCACCAAUCACGAGGCGAAUUCAUGUCAAGCGACCAAUGAGAGUGAGAAGACUGCGGUCCCGGGAAGCCGCGCCCCGCCCCGGCCCGCCCGCGGAGCGCGGCCUCCCGUCAGAAGAGGAAGAAGAAAGCUGUACUCUUGGAAGAUGAAGAUUCGUUGGGGAAUUCAUUCUAAUGCAUUGGCAUAUUCCAUGACUACCUUAGGUGCUGGAAUGAUGAACAGUAUUUUUAAUUUCUACUAUGUUAAGCUUUUCCUAAACCGAUACAAAAUUUCAGAAACAGCAUUUCAUAUAGCACAGGUUGUGUUCAUGAUCUGGAACACCAUCAACGAUCCCCUCUUUGGGUACAUCCAGGACAACUCCAGGCUGAAGUGCUGCGCCAGGCGCCAGUUCUCCAUUUUGUACGGAGCCCCUCUGUACGGGCUGGCCUUCCUGCUGCCCUGGUUCCCCUGGAGGCACUACCAGGAGGGGGACUGGGUCAGCGGGCUGCACCUCACCGUGGCGCUCUGCGCCUUCGACGGGCUGCUGACCUUCGUGCUGCUGGCGCAGUGCGCGCUCUUCGCCGAGAGCUCGCCCCAGCACGAGAGCAGGCUGCAGCUCAUCCAGUACAGCCAGGUGGCAACGCUGAUCAGCUCCACCAGCGUUCUCUUCUGUGGGCUGGUGUCUGAUAAUAUGGAAAAGUUCACUUAUUUUCAGGCUUUCACUGUUCUGAUCGCGGCGCUGGCCACGGCCUGUAUGUGCUUCACAGGUAAAUACAGCACGAGUCAAUAUGAGCACAGAGAAAUUCACGCAGAGGAUGCUAAUCUGGAAACCAGUGAUGGAGCUUUCUCCUUGGCCUCAAUAGUCUCAUUGACCAAACAGAUCAUGACAGAGAAGAACUUCCUGUGUUUUGUAACAAUGAACUUCUUCCAAGUCUUCCACCUAGCCUUCUACAACAAUUUUAUGAUGAUCUUUGCGGAUAAUCUUAUUCCUAAGGAUGUCCUUUCUUCCUCAGUAAGAAGUAUCAUGUAUGGAGCGGGUUUUAUUUGUCCUCAGUGCCUUGUUCUUCUCAGUCAUGCUUCGUUGAAGAAGUUUGGUUAUUACAGACUUAUCUUAUUUUCGUUUUACUAUGAAGGAGUAGCUGCUGCUGUCAUGUGUCUUCUGGGGCAAGAACACUAUUAUCUGCUGGCAUUUUAUGUCACAACAAACAUGGUAAUUGUGCAAGCUUCAUUUAGCUUGUUCAAUUUGCCUUUGGCAGAUAUUGUUGAUGCAGAUUUAAUAAAGCACAAGAGGAGAUUACCACUUUCCUCUAUGGUUUUUGGUACCAAUGCUUUGUUUACCAAGCCUGCCCAAUCUUUGGCUCCAAUGAUUGUGGUUACAAUACUGAAUCAUUAUGGAUAUUACAACCUGAAUAAUGUACCUGGUCAUCCUGAUAUAAGCAGGUCAUUUUUAGAUCUCCAUGAUGCCAUGUUCUACCUGGUCUGUUUGGUUCCCUUCUGCAUUGCAGUCCUACAGAUCCUGACCUGGACUCCCUUUUCCAUCCAGAACAGCCACCUGGCAGCUCCACAGUAAAUAUGGAACCAGUGGUCAGUGCAUCUCCUGCUGAACCACAGGAGGGUUCAGUAAGUUUUUCAUGUGAAAAAGCAAAAUCACACUGUGAAACACAGUUUGAGCUGUGUCAGUAAAGCUGCAUUUUCAGUCUCUGAAGACUGAGAGUCACAUUCAGCCUUUAUGCUGGGCCUACAGAAGUUUUUCCUAGUUUAGUUGCUUUCUGUUAAUGGGUUUCAUCCUUAAUUACUUAAUUUAAAGUAAUUUCGGGUAUAUAAUGAUUCUUCUUAAUUCAUUUGAAGAAAGGAUAUGGCAGAUCAGGGAAAGGGAUCCAACCCAGCACCUGGAAUUCAAGGGAACUGUAUUUUCUGAAGCUUGCUGGUGGAUUGAUUUUGCCAUACUGAUAAAAUGGCAGAUCUCUGAAGUUAAUCUGGAAGAUCCCAGUGGACAUUCCUUGUGGAUGGCAGGGAGAUGAAGAGAAAAAUUGAGAUGGUGUCUAGCUGGCCAGUAUCAAGAAAAAUCUGACAGCUACCAUGGGAAGAGCCAAGAGUAAUGAACUACCCUUUGAAAGACUGUGUAAAGCUAAAGAAGGAAAGGAUUCAGGUGCUGUUCAGUGUUGCUCAAUAAGGAAAAAGUUCCAUAAGUCCUCACUGGCUUUCCAAAUCGCUGGUUCAUGGAAGGUCAGUGCAGUUUUCUGGCUUUAAAUGGGAAAAUAAUUUUGAAGGUAUUCUAUAAUUAGUGCUUCAUACAGAAUGUCAUUGUGGCAAGGACAGCAUUAGUCUGUGGUUGUAGGGUUCAGCUCUUGGACAAAUGUAAGCACACACAGUUACUAAACCAGGCUCUACCUGUUCAGUGGUGUUACGUUGACAAACUCAUUUCGUGUGUGACAAUUUAAUUUCUGAAUCAUCCAGUUGAAAUUAGUUAAUUUCUGAUUAAUUCUUAUCAGUUAAGAUUUUCAUGGAAUCCUGUGAUUUUUAUAAAAUAAAGGGUUUUUGACAAAAUUUCAGAAACAUUGAGUCCUCUUCAUUUCACACACUGUAGUGAUAAGACACAUUAGCAUGUGUACAGUACUCCCAUUUAAUCAAUAUUAUUCUUCCUCCGAUAUAUCCAUGCUGUAAUUGUGCAGUGAUAAAUACCUUUAGCAUAAUACAAUCACUGCAUUUUUGUAUUUUGUUGUGCCUGGGCAAACACAGUUUUAGUAGCACCUUUCUUAGAGAGUGCCACUUAAAAGUCCAAGAGCACUGGGUGGAUCCCAGUUUUAAAGGGCUGAGCCAGCUGACUUUCAAGGCUUUGCACUUACUGUGACAGGUAACUUGGAAAAUAAAGCACUGUAAGAAAAGCUCUGCAUUUUGGUGAACACCAGCAUAGUUUAAUGAAGAAGCUGGAGAUCUGAAAUACCAGAGUUGAAAAAAACCAUUCAUUUGUGCCUUGACUUUUCCAUUUGCAGAGCAGAAAUAACAUCAUUUCCUUGUGUGAAGUGCUUUCAAGGCAAUGAAUGAAAAAGUGGGAGAUCAUCAUUAAAUAUUUAGAAAUCCAAAUGAAUCCUUUGAUAGGAAUAUGAAGAUUUAUGUUAAAAUGUAAGUAGCCAGACCUGUGGUAGAGUUUGAAGUUACCUUAUCUGUUUUUUAUCUAUCUUGUUGGAAACACUGUUGUCUAUUUGCCUUGUGCAAGCUAACAGCAUUUUGUGAACAUACAGCAUCACUUGUGUAAAUAUUCUGUGGAUAGGUAAAUACAAAUACCAGAGCAGAUACAGCCUGUGUGUUUAGGUUUGGAAUUUGAAAAGAUUUCCUGCACUGUAUGUAUUUAUUUUAUGUCUGAAAGAAAGAAGCAGAAGUCAAAGGAACUUAAGUUAAUAUAAUCUUUGAUGCAUUAUAUGAAAGUCUUCUCCAUGACAGUUCCUUCAAAACAGUAAUGACAUAAAAUAGUCUCUUUUUUUCUUUACUAUUUCUGUAUUUCCUAAAUUUCCCUUGUUCAUCCUAUCCUCAUGGAAUAUAUAUUUUUACAUAUACAAUAAAAUAAUGUUAUUGUACC